AUGCCUGUCAACAUAAAAGGGAACCCAAAACUCUUCAACCAGCAUGUAAAUAAUAAGCGGCCAGUGAAGCAGUUCCGUGUCUUUACUCAGGAGGUCCUGGAAUUCAGUCACAAUGUUUCCUUCCUCCUCCUGCUUCCCUCCUGUGACUCAGUCUGCGCUGCUCCUGGUCAAGGCAAUCCUUACAACCAUCACUCCAGCUUUCUCUACCUUCCACUACAGAUGUUUGAAUUCGUUCACUUCUGCUGCUACAGGGAAAGAUUCAUGAGCCUGUACUGUCACGUGUCAACACUACUAGAGUUAGACUCACUUAUUUCCCAGCAGGCCUUGCGAGAGGCUAUUUCUGAUGAAGAACUUCUCUCUGCAAAACAGAGGCACAAAAUGGUGUCAGAAUCAGUGCAGCAACUGGAUAUAAUUUGGAGGGAGGCACGGUGGAUUAUGGAUGUGUUGCAGUACGCCCGCUACAAACACCCCUCCAGUGGCCUCUCAAUCACAUGGUUCAUCGGUUCAUUGGAGGAGGCUCCUCAGGGGAAGAAUGAUUCCACGUCUUCCCACAUGGACUAUCUGCCUUCCCCAGUACCCUCACCAGAAAAUCCACGAAGGAAUGCUGUGAGCGACUCCCAGCUUUGCUCUGAUGAUGAAGGCUGCUCCGAGGUCUUUCUCCCCACUGAUAGUGACUAUGAUUCCAGUGAAGCACCGAGUCCCAGGGAGCUGGAUCUGCUCCACGAUUCAGCCCCUGAGUUUAGGCAGCAGGUUUGUUAUGGGUUGAGUGGCAGUGCUCCAGAUGUUCUCCAGGUCCAUGAACUGCGGCUGAAGGAGGAGUGUGAACAAUCAAGCAGCUUUCGAGGAGCAAGUGAGUCAGCUCCAGAGAGCAGCGGAAGCCUGGCAGUGGGGGCAAUGAACAAGAGUAUCAUAGGGAAAGCGAGUGAUCCAACAAACACCCAUUUCUUGAGUAAGAAAGGAUCCUCCCAAUCCAAAGCACCCAGAUAUCAGAAACAUCGCCACUUUAACCAGAACAGAUGGCUGUGUUUCUAUCGAGAGAAGCAAUCACUGAGCCUCUCCGAGGGGCUCUACACACAUGGACAGCAGACAGAGCUGACACCUGAGACUGACGUUCCCACCCAGAUCACAACCUUCCCCCAAUCGCCAUGUACUCCCGGCGAGCUGAGCUUUGCUGAGAGCACCAGAGUCGGCAUUGGGAAUCCGAAAGCAAGUGUUCGAAGGAUCAUUAUGGAUCUGUGUCAGAAAAGCAGCUCCCAGGAAGAAUCUGGCUCCUGGUCACUGAGUAUCUGUGGGUCGCAGCCCUUAACUACUGAAGUGGACUCCCCCAGCAACGCAGCUCUGGAGACUGACUGUGAUGAGCUGUGUGACACUCAAGCCUCUGAUAUAUUCAGCAGUGUUUUAUAGAGAGGUACUGAACAAUAAACCAAAGGCAGGCACUUUGCUCUAUGGUACCGACAACAAUAGUUCCAGGAUCCUUCCUUGGCUUGUGUUGAAUCAGUUGACCUCAAUGUGGAAAGUGCUAGAACUGGACUCAGAGCAUUGGGCUGAUGAUGGCAAGGGAGGGAUAGCAUUUGGGUUGGGAGAAAUCAGUCAGGCAGUGUCCCCACCUCCUGGUUGCUUGUGUGCGGGACCUUGGAUGAGAACAGGAUCAGACCCAACUGUGAUUCAUUCACAGUCAAAUAGCCUCCAGGCACUCACUACCUGGGCUCACAUUCCAGUGAGAGUCAGCACCUUCAGGAAGAUGCAGAGGGAGGCGGGUGGGGGGUAGGUGUUACAGGGGAGGCAAAAGCGAGAGUGAAAUAAAUA